AGAGUCAAAGCUUAUUCAGAGAAACCACAAAGGACACACACGAAACCAGGAAAGUCACCAUGAAUACCCUGGGAAAGACAAUCACAUGUCGGGCAGCCAUUGCCUGGGCAAAAAAUUCUCCUCUUUCAAUUGAAGAAGUGCAAGUUGAGCCACCGAAGUCUGGAGAAGUUCGUAUUAAGAUGAUCUCGUCAGGGAUCUGUGGUUCUGAUGAUCACGUGCUGAAAGGAGAACUCGUGGUGAACUUUCCUUUAAUUCCGGGUCAUGAAGGAGCGGGAAUUGUGGAGAGUGUUGGUGAUGGAGUUUGCUCCAUGAAACCAGGAGAUAAAGUCCUCAUCCUCAUUAUUCCACAGUGUAGAGAAUGUGACGCCUGCUUGCACCCCAAAGGAAAUUUCUGCUACAAGCAAGAUGUUCUGCCUUGUUCUGGGGUGAUGCUCGACGGGACCUCCCGGUUUUCCUGCCGAGGACAGAAGAUUUAUCACUCGUUCCGAACAAGCUCAUUCACAGAGUACACUGUGGUGCCCGAGAUCGCCGCGGUAAAAAUUGAUGACGCAGCUCCUAUGGAUAAAGUUUGUCUCAUAAGCUGUGGCUUCCCUACUGGCUACGGGGCUGCUGUUAACUCUGCCAAGGUCACCCCUGGCUCUACCUGUGUGGUUUUUGGACUCGGAGGGGUCGGCUCAGCUAUUGUCAUGGGCUGCAAAGCCUCUGGUGCAUCUAGAAUCAUCGGGGUUGACAUCAAUGAGGAGAAGUUUCCUCGGGCAAGAGCCUUGGGGGUCACCGACUGUCUCAACCCUAACAAGCUGGAGAAGCCUGUGCAGGAGGUUGUGAUGGAAAUGACGGGUGUCGGUGUUGACUUUGCCUUUGAGGCCAUUGGACUGGUUGAUACCAUGGUUGCUGCUUGGAACUCCUGCAACAACAGCUAUGGCGUCUGUCUGAUCGCUGGGCUCGCUCCAUCAGAUGCACAGUUAUCCCUUGAAGCACCCAAGAUUUUGUCUGGGAAAACCCUGAAGGGCGUGUGUCUGGGAGAUUAUAAAACCAGAGACUGCAUACCCCAAAUAGUGACUGAUUAUCUCCAAAAUAAGAUUAAUAUAGAUCCUUUAGUGACUUAUCAGCUGCCUUUUAACCAGCUCCAUGAAGCCUUGGAGCUGUUUCAUUCAGGAAAAGCCAUCCGUUGUGUUCUGCUCUUCUGAGAUCUCAGUGAUAAAGAAGAGCUCGGGAGCAACCAGAAGGGCUUUCCUUCCUUCCUGUUUCACCUCCCUGAGCAGCGGGAAGAGACAGAAACAGAGUGCAGCUGUUCUCCUGAAACGAGGACUUCUAGACCAUACUGAUAAUAAAAUAAGUUGG